AUGGAGUUUGUUGGAAGAUGGACUGUGGAAGAGAAUAGGGGAUGGAACACAGGUGAGUAUUUGGAAGGACAGAUGGGUGCUGGGGUCCGAGACAGGAAGACCUGCAACAAUAUGCCCCCAAAUUGCCAACUUCAAACAGUUAGCCAGUUAAUACGAGAAGGAAGAUGGAAUAGAGAAAUAAUGCAGAAUGUCUUCAACCAAGGAGAUAGAGAGCAAAUAGCAAGCAUGCCUCGUAGCAUGUUCAAACAUUCUGAUAGAUUUUUUUGGAAGUUUGCAAAAUCUGGAACUUAUACAGUCAAGUCAAGCUAUGUAAAGGCAGUGCAGGCUAGCAAAAUAAUCAAAAGAAGUCAGAAGCUGGAAGGGGAGACGAGCUGGGAGAUGAGGAAGCAUACUGUCUGGAAACAACUUUGGAAUUUGAAUCUUAAGCACAAAAUCAAAUACUUCAUCUGGAAGUGUUUACAGAAGGGAGUUGCGGUGAAAGAAGCCAUCUACAAAAGGACUGGAAUAGGGGAUAUGAUAUGUCCAGUUUGUGGGGAUGAAAUAGAAACAGCUGAACAUAUGAUUUUCACUUGUCCAAGAGCCCAAUUUGUGUGGAAAUUAGCAGCAGUCAGAUGGGAGGGGCUGAGAGAAUUGAAAGGUAAUCUGUGGAGAUGGUGGGAGGUGGUUGCUCAGACAGGAUCAAAGGAAUAUGGGACAGAGCAUAUAAGCCUAACAACAAACAUCAUAUGGAAUAUUUGGAAAGCAAGAAAUAAGGUGGUUUUUGAACAAAAAAUGAGUGAUGCACAUGAGAUAAUGCUGAGAGCACAACAAGAAUGGCAGGAGUAUGAUGAGGUGGGACAGCAAGAAGAGACGAACAAACAGAAUGCAAGAGCUAUGUGCCAGGAGGAACAAGGGAAGGUACCAUUGGUAGAAGGAGUUAUUAGAAUCAAUACAGAUGCAGCUAUUAGUGCAAGUAUGAUAAGAACAGGGAAGGGAAUUGUGGCAAGGCAUUGGACAGGUGAGAUUAUUAGAGCAAGGGGAGUAGUAGAACAAAAAAAGGGUGAAGCUCUAAUGGAAGAAACACUAACCAUUAGAUUAGCUCUCCAAAUGGCACGUGAUGCAGGCUGGAGGAAGAUAGCCAUCUUCUCAGACUGUAAAACGGCUACAGAUUACAUUAAUGGCAACAAUGUACAAGAUGGUAAUAUAGCAACCAUUUUGGAAGACAUUGCGGAUCUAACUCAAGUUUUUGACUACUGCACCAUAUCUUGGGUGCCUAGAUCCUUUAAUACAGCAAGUCAUAGGCUAGCAAGUUUUGCUUCAAAGCUAGUUAAUGACAUAUAUUGGGUAAGUCACUUCCCAAGUUGGUUGAAAGAGGCAAAUAGAUUAGAUGAAAGGGCUGAUGCUCAUUUUGUAAGUAAUCCUUGUAGGAUUAAGUGUUAA